UCGAACAGGUAUCGGUUCUUGCUCAAAGGGUGGAGGGAAUGAUUAGAUGGGAACAUGACAAUCAUCUGAUGUUUGUCUUUCAUCGUCAAAAUAUUCAAACAAUGACACCAAUAUAUUCCGAGAUUUCAGAGGUGCCGCAUGAAGUAAAAAAUUUGUUUGAAACGCAGAUGAAAAAGGAGUUGCAAGAUUUUAGAAAAAUGAGUCAAAUUGAAUUGCAGGAUUUACUACAAAGGAUUGCUCGCAAUGACCCACAGCCACUGCCAUCUGCCAGGCUAAAAGAGAUGGCAAGGACAUAUGCUCUUACACCGGACAACCUUUUAAAAAUGGCACUUAUAGUUCUUAGAAUCAAUGCACACGUACCAGUGGUAGUCAUGGGUGAAACAGGUUGUGGAAAAACAUCCCUCUUAAGGUAUCUAGCAAAUAUAUGUGAAAUUCCAUUUGACGCACUGAAUAUACACGCAGGUCUUUCUGAAGAACAGAUAACUAAAAAGGUUUUAAAAUCGAGUAAAAAAGCCAGUUCCAACAGUGAAAGAUGGCUGUUUCUUGAUGAAGUCAAUGCGUCAAACAACAUAGGACUCAUUAGUGAUAUUAUUUGUCACCAUCGUUGCCUCGAUGAAAACUUGUCACCAAAUUUGAUUGUAAUCGGUGCAUGCAAUCCUUACAAGCUGAGAUCUGAAAAAGCAAUUAAUACUGCCGGGUUGACAGGAAAGUUGAAGUCAGAUGAACUUUCAAAACUUGUGUACAGGGUGCAUCCAUUGCCAGAAAAAAUGAUUGAUUAUGUGUGGGACUUUGGAAGUUUAAAUAAAAAGGACGAAGAGUGUUAUAUUUCAAGAAUGAUCUCUGAUGUAUUUGAUCAAUACAGUGGUUUUCAUGAGCUUUUUACAGCAGUGUUGUCUGAGUCGCAACGCUUUGUUCGGCGGAAAGAGUCAAGUGAAUACGCCGUGAGUCUGAGGGAUGUGUACAGAUGUAAAAUACUGACAGUCUGGUUCUUAAAAAUACUACGAGACUUGAAACAAAGUCCAAAACAUCCUUAUACAUUUAAAUGCAAUAUUGAAAUCAGAGCCAUCGUGCUGGCAUUAGCUCAUUGCUACCACAGUCGCUUUUCUGAUAAAAAUAUUCGUCAAGAGUACAGAAAUGUGAUUAGUAGAAAAUUUGUUAUCAAGACAGGUGACGAAGGCGGCGAUGAAUCAACAGACUACAUAAAGACAAUUAUUACUGAGGAACAGAAAGAUUUACUUUCAAGAAUGGAAGUACCAGAAGGUACUGCUAGAAACACAGCACUAAUGGAGAAUGUGUUUAUAAUUUUUGUUUGUAUCUUUAACAAAAUACCAGUUUUUGUUGUCGGAAAACCGGGAUGUAGCAAAUCUUUAGCUAUGCAAGUUAUAAGAAGCAACAUUCGGGGUAAAGAUUCCAAAGACCCAUUUUUCAGAAAAUUACCACAGUUGUAUUGUGUGUCAUAUCAAGGGUCUGAGUCUUCAACAUCAGAUGGCAUUUUAAAGGUUUUUAAAAAAGCUGAAAAAUACCAAAUGUCAAACAAUGCUGAUGAUGUGUUGUCCGUCGUCAUUCUUGAUGAAAUUGGUCUGGCAGAGGUGUCUAGGUUCAAUCCAUUAAAGGUACUCCAUAGUUUACUUGAAUCGGAAAAGGGUCAUGGACUAAACAUAGCUGUUGUUGGACUGUCAAACUGGGCGUUAGAUGCUUCAAAAAUGAACCGCGCAGUUCAUCUGUCAAGAACUGAUAUGGACGCAGAGGAGCUGUACGAGACGGCAAAAUCAAUUAGCAGCUCCUUUUUAGAAGACAACACUGUAAGAGAAAAAUCUGAACAGGCACGGUUUUUGAAGGGUUUUGAGAAACCGGACACUGAAAAUGUUUUCACAGAAGGAAAUGUUGAUUCAACAUUGAAACGAAUUGCUGAGGCAUACAGUAGCUACAUGAAACAACUGCUAUAUAAAAAUUUUCAUGGAUUGCGUGACUUUUAUGCUCUUGUAAAGCAUAUAGCUAGAACAUGUGCUAAAAGUCAGCACAUUAAUAAAAAUGAUGAUCAGAAAUAUUUCUCUGACAUAGUGAUGGAUGGGCUAGAGAGAAAUUUUGCAGGUCUCCCAGUAGGCACGGAUAAACUGAUUCAAAUAUUCAGAGAUCACUUCGACUUUCAAAAACCUGGUCAAAAUCACAUACUUGAUAUGAUUUCUGAAAACGUGAAUGAUCCCAUUUCAAGACAUUUAAUGUUAAUAACGAAUGGCGAUUCAUCCCUUGGUAUCAUAGAACAGCGCCUCAAUACCGCAGGACGUGAAAGAAAAGAAGUUAUAUUUGGAAGUCAGUUUGAAGACGAUUUAACAGACGAUUACAAUUAUAGAAUUCUCAGUAAAAUUAUUUUAUGCAUGGAAGAAGGUGUCGUCUUAGUUUUGAAAGACCUCGAAAAUAUUUAUGGCAGUUUGUACGAUAUGCUGAAUCAGAACUACACAAUUAUUGGCAACAAGAAAAACUGCAGAGUCGCACUUGGGGCCUACAGUAAUCCGUUUUGUCAUGUAGCUACUACGUUCCGUUGCAUAGUAUUGAUGGAUGAGAGCAAAAUAAGUACGUGCGACCCACCGUUUCUUAACAGGUUUGAAAAACAUUAUUUAAGGUUUUCCGAUAUCGUAAAUGAAGAGCAGAGUAAACUGAUACAGGAGCUAAAUUGUUGGCUUUUUGAUAUAAUGACGAUAACAGAUAGAAACUUUAAGUUCACUGAUGUGUUGCCAGUUUAUAGUGAAGAUCUUACUGCCUCACUUGUGUGGAAAAUGAAAAGCUCUUUAAAGCAGUCUCAUCAGGAUAACAUAGAAGGGUGUAAAAGACAGUUGUUAAUGCUUCUUAAUCCAGCGGCAAUCAUACGACUAAAAAAAGCCCAAAGCCAGGACAUUAGAUCUACUGCAGAAGAAAUUAAGCAAACAUUCUUUCGUAUGCCCUUACAUAAAGGUCUAAAUGCAUUUAUAUCAAAUCAGUUGGAAACUCUAUCCAGCGGAGAUACAAGCAAUGGCCUUCUAACAAUUAUAUUUACGAACAGUAAUGUACACACCAAACUACAAAAAUGCAUAAAUGAUAGAAAGGUUCAGAUUGACAAACUUGGAAUAUUUAAAACUGAGAAACAGUUAACACAGAGAAUAAACAACUUUUGGUUUAAUGAAGAUGGCACAGAGAUUUUGAUGAUUCAGUGUAGCGCUGUAGAUGAUGAAAAACAUAUACUUUUAACAAAAACGAUCAUAGAGCAAUGCAGAGCAAAUGCUUUAACAAAAAAGGAAGAAACUAGUAAACAUGUUUAUCUAAUUAUCCAUCUUGACAAAAGCAAAGGGACUUCAAAAGUAACUUCUCAGAUCAAUUUCGUGUCAGAGUGGAAUAUAGUUAUGUUAGAUAAUCUUGAAUGUCCUGAAACAUCGCUUCUGGAUCUUUGUGAAAUGGAACCACUGGAUGCAGUAAAAAGCAAAGCCCCUCUACAGAAUUGCUUAAUGGAAGAAUUACUUUGGGCAUUUACCAGAAUCAAGUACGGUCCAUUUGGCAGGGGCAUAAACAGUAUAAGAGAUAUACUAAACGACAUGAAAAGGUCUUCGGAGUUUAUGGAAGUUCUUGGGAAUGCAGUCUUGGAAAACGUGUCAAUCAUGGACAGAACAGAGAAAGACUGGCAGCUUAACGUUGCUUGUGAUGUUCAAGCACUCAGGAAUUCCGCAACAUUUAUAGAUGCACUUGAACAACGCAUCAUGCGUAUCAUAAAAGUCCCAUUAGCAAAGCUUAUUUACAACAUGGAAAUGCAUGGCAUUCUUGACUGUUUCUUUAUAUUUUCAAACGCAGAAAACCGAAGAAAAUCUUGGAAUUCAGUUUUAAAAGACAAACGCUUUUUUUCCAUAGACGAAAUACCAGAUGAUGCAGAUCAGCCUGAAAGUUAUGUAUGCAUUACAGAUGAUUUAUCAUUGUGUAUGCCAUUUAGCAGAACUAUCUUUAACCUUAUAGAAGCACAGAGAGAUGAAUUUUUGGAGGAGUUGUCUCAGAUAAAGGCUAGAAAUUGUUGGGAGCCCGGAGAGGAUCUGCCCAGGCCAGUGUAUGCUCAACUCUUGAAACAGUAUGAAAAGUUGAUACUGCUUAAUAUCCCCGAUUCAAGGCAAUUUUUUUAUAAAUAUUGGGAGAAAGAUUACAUUCAAGACUUUUGCAAUAUUCUUUCAAUGCCAAUGUGCCCAAGUAUCGACCAUGAAAGAAGAACACACUACAUGAGAUGGGUAGUGUCACAGAAAACAAGCCUCAACCGUGGUGAUCCAUGCAAACUUUUAGUAUCUUUACACGCAACUAGCUGGGUAAAUUCUACUUUGUACAGGGCUGAAAUGCAACUCUUUGGGCUUUGCGAAAACGUACUUACAGAGGGACAAAUAUUGUUAGAUAUAUUACAGUUGAAGGUGCCAUGUAAGAAUGAAAAAAUGCAUCCUGAAGAAGUUCCAGAAUCAGAAGAAUUUUCAACUGAAGACAGCAAUGCUCAAACUUCCUGGGGAAACACUGAAGAUUCAAAACUCGAGAUAGAUGAUGUUUCGAUUAAUUUGAAUACCCCGCUUCAGCAGCAGGUGACUGCUUUUGAAAAUGAAAACGAAUAUGAAGUUGAUACUCAUCUGUCAUCUGACAUUUUAGAUAUUUGUCCCGAAAACAUUCUCGUGCAGCAUAUAUGUGAAAGAAUGUUACCAACACAAGACACAAUAAAUGCCUAUCGUGGUGUAAAGAUUUGGCAACGAAAGAUAAAUACCGUUCUUGUUCUAGCUGCAAAAGUCUCAAACAAAAGUAAACAGCUGCAUGCCUUGCGCGUUUGCAAUGAUAUUGCAAGUAGUGUGAUUAUACCACUUAACCUUAACACAAAUUGUUUUUGGACAAUGGGAUCAUUACUAGCAAAUGGCCACUCGCUUGAUUCUGAAAAGGUUUUUAUGUCCGUUUUUGACAUUAUCUCUAAGGGUUUGAAAAAAUGUGAAGACCAACGUCGUUCCGUUCAAGAUGUAUAUGCAAUGUUAUCAUCGUAUCUGGUUUGUUGCAUUGAUUACAAUUCAGCUACUGAAGUCCAGGAAUGCCUUUUUCAAAAAAUACUUUCCGGAGAAUUAUCAGAGGAUAUCAUACCCUUUUUGAAAGCACCUUUAAGCAAACUAUUUGAUAUAGAAGAAGAGGAGUUUUUUAAUCUGAUAGGAUUAGACCAUCAGCAGGAAGACGUCGCGAGUGAUUUUGACAGCAUGGAUGAUGAGACAACUAUUUCGGACGAUGAAGAAACCGAAGAUUCCACAUCAGGGCAAAGUUUUAUUGAUCAAGUGAAUAGUGUCCUGAAAAGAUUGCAUAACGCAAAGAAAGAAGACUCUGCUCUGGUUCUUUUAUUUGUUGAUAUUUUACAAAUUUUGUAUGAGAAACAAAUGGAACCGAAUGCGACGAACAUUCUGCGUAAUUUUUCUGAAACACUUUACAGUUGUCACAAAACUUUACAUGAAGCGUCUUUUGGAAUAGAAUAUAUUGCCUCAGUUUCAUUUAUGAAGGCUUUCUUUAGCCGAAGAGUACAACUAACACAUGACGACACAGACAAAACGAGAGAAUUAUGGAAUGAAAUAGCAAUCGUUUUGAAUAAAGGGGAAGAUGAGGUUAUGAAGAUGAUGCUUUUGAAUUUGUUUCUUAAAGCAAUGCUUUCAUCAUUUACAUUGUGUCAGUUGAAGCAGUUUUUAGAAAGGCGAGAAGAUGUAUACAGAUUUUUGCGGAACAUUUCUUGGUCAGUAAAUGUUGAGAGUCUUAGUUUCGAGAGAAGUCCUUUAUGUCAAUUAAUUGACACAUCCCUGCACAAGAAGUAUCCAUAUUGCAAGCAAGACAUCAAACAGAAGAUGAUUAACCUUCAGGAAUCUAUGCAACUCUCGAAUAGUACAUGUUCGGGUCUCUUGACAAUGUUCACUUUUGCUGCAAGAGUGUUUUACUUUCCAAAGAUAUGCGAACCACUCACAGACACGAAACGUACUUUAGCUACUUCUAUCAUCAGGCAAUAUACCCAACACAGAUGCAAAGGUGUGCAUGUCAUUGAAUAUCUCGUUGGAAUGUCAGAUUUUAAGAUUCCAGUUUUCAAUAUCAAUGAGCAAACCUCACAUAGUGAAUAUUGCGUAAGCUCAUUCUUCAUGGCUUUGUAUUUGAUACUUCUAGCAAAGAACGAAUUCAUUGAAGGGGAGAAGCGCCCAUUUUUGAUUGAAUGUUUAGUCGAUCCUCAAGCAAUCGGCAAAUAUUUUUUACCCGGCUUUUUUGAUUCCGAACAUGAAAAUGACGAAACUGCUGACCAAGCUAUAAGCUCGUGUGGUUGUGGAUACCGUAAAGUUUUGCAGUGUAAAAACAAACUAGAAUAUGCAUAUACUUGUUCAUCUUGUCUGGAGAAACCUGAAGUACACCAUACAAUUACGAUGUCAUGUUCAUGCGGUUAUCGCACUGUACUUAUUUCUGAAGACACCGGGACGUACCAUCAAUGUUUUUUUUGUGAAAAGCAACUGGAAUCAAAGUCGGCAGUUCUGUUGUCUUGUACUUGUGAUUCAUAUACUUUGUAUGACUCAUCAAGUGUAUCAGAGGAAAACAGGUGGUGUUUGUUUUGUAUGGACAUAGCAAAACGUACUGAGGGAAACGUGAAGAAGGUCGCAUUUUCUCAAAACAGGCAUGUUUUAUGGAAACUGGAAGAUUAUGAAAAUAUUGGAUUUUCAGUAAGAGGACUGCAUCCAGUUACAGUUCAUAUCUUACAAAUGCUUGUUAAAGGAUGCCUUUUAGGAUCCCUUGCUUUUGGGAUUUCAUUAACCAAAGACAUCGAAGAAAUAACCAGUAUGACUGAUUUAGACAACGGCCAUUCGCUGUGGUCUGAUAUAAAACAACAUUGGCACUUAAUUGCCUCUCACUUAAAUCUGAAUCACAAUGACAUGUCAAUAAUGCUACACAACGUCUUGAGCAAAUCAACUAAUAUUUUGGUUAACCAAACCGAUUCCUUUACACUGAGUGAGAAACGGCGACAAUUUGAAAAGCAUCUUGAUGUGUUGAUCGCUUCAAAAAUAUCAAACGCUUCUGAAACAGUUAAGACGACAUUACGAAAUCAUGAACAAUUACACGGAAUAACAGAGAAGACAAUCGAAUCAACAUUGUUCGAAACGGAUGAUAUGCCACUGCAUGAAAGAAGCGGGUCGCAUCUGCUAUUCCGAGUCAACUAUUCUCCAACCAAACAUAACUUCAUCUGCAAAUUUUCUUUGAGAAGAAAAGAGUUUCCUUUUUUGAACUUGGUACUGAGGUAUGAGCGUUACCUUAAACUACCAAAACAUAUUUUCAAUAUAAUUGGGUGGCACAUGGCAAUCCUCACAAGGGCUAACUAUGUCAUGAAGAAACACGACUGUCUGGAAAUGAAAGUGGAGGAUUUUAUUUAUUACAAUCAAGAGCCUAACCACGAACAAAUAAGAAAGAGAUUCGAAAAGUUUGAAAAAAGCUGGAAUAAAUUGAUGAAACUUUUACGGUUCCACAAGAUUUCGCAGAAAAUGGACGUUAUACACAAACAAAGUAAGAUGAAAGAUUGUCUUAUACAUGGAAAGGAUAACACUCUUUAUGAGGUUCUGAAAAUUUUAGUUUAUUUUCAGAAUGAAUUUUUAGACAAAGCUCUCCAGAUGGCAGAUUCUUGCAAAUCUCUAAAUUUUCUUCUCAGGGAUGACAGUGUGUCAGCAAUUGCAUGCGUUCAAAUCUCAGAAGCUAAGGUUGAUGAUCUCAUUAAUUUUAGUUUCAACUGGAAUACAACGUUACGUUAUGGAAUGCUGUAUAAAGAAUCAAAUUGUAGUUUAAGGUAUGGAUUUGGUAAAGAGAUAAUCUACAAUUUCCAUAACAUAGAGAAAGCUGUUGCAGUUCUUACACUUGCCGGGAAAUCGUAUCUUAUGUUUCAAAAUAGUUUACCAAAUGUAAUUUUCACCGACGAGCUUUUUGUCAAUUAUGCAUCGUUGAUCAGAGAAUUAAAGGCGUGCAUACCUCAACAGUCUCUGACCCUUAAUAUAGACAAUGGCAUAAGAACAAGAUGCAAAAAUGAUCCAAGAAUUGCAAAGGAGCUUUUGGCACAUCUGGGCAUUUUAAUGACAGUUUUAAAGAAAACAGGAAAAGAGGAGAAACCCACUAGACCCUUGAUUGAUUACGUCUUUGAAUGGCGAGACCUUUUGACGCACGUUUUUCCUAGACACUUGUUGCCGAGCCCUGAGAAUUGUGUUGAAUUGUGCCACAUAGUACCUUUAAGUGAAUUGUUAGAAGAAUUGUGUUCCGAAUCUGCUGUUGACGCUCUAGAUAAGGAAUACAGGGAUCAGCUUGAUACAAACAUUGAACAUCAUAUGAUUCAAAUAGUUCGCAACAAACAGAUAGCUAACUUGUUGCUUAAAGUUAUAAAGCUUUUUUCGCACAGAUGCCUAUCCACCAAAAUGGCAGAUCCAAAACAACCUCUAAACAGCUACUUAUCAGACGAUUCUUUUUGGCCAGAGGGAAGUAGAGACCAAAAUAUGGUGACAGUUUGUAAUACAUCUGAUAAUGUUUUCUCCCUGCUACCAAACUUCAUCAUGGUGAGGCACGUAUACUUUGUUGUAAAAGCAAUGGAAAACGAGAUUCAGAAUCAGGAAAGAGAACAUAAACAAAUGAAAAGCCUUGAGACGAAGUUUAAGAGCAGACCCCAAGAAAAACAGAAAAGAAAACAAAAGAAAGCCGCAGCACUUGUCAGGGAUUAUUAGCAGGAUGAUACCAAGUUGAACUGGGUAUGAAAACUAUGUUUUUUUGGACAUUCAACUGACAACCAGCUUUAUAUGAUUGAAUUUGACAUGCCAAUUACAUGUUCAAAUGGAGUGAGUUUCGGAACAGUAUCAGUAUAUGUAAAUACAUUUCAUAUUCAACAUUAAAACAUGAUGUAAGUUUUGUAAUAUAAUCCUAAUUAGUACAGUAUUUCAGACACGUGUUAAUGUACAUAGUUUGCUAUGACUUCACAAAUGUAUCUGUUUGAUUUUUCUUUGUACAGUCCUAAUAGUUCCUAAAUGUAAUAUCAUACGUGCAUGUAUGCAUACCUUGUAUAUAUCGAAAUUUUAAUCAAACAUGUUGUGUAUAUUAUAUAUACCUUUAAUAUCUUCAUUUACAAUGCUGGUUUGCAUGUUUUAUUUCACACCAGAAGAAGCUAGUUAUACCCCCACCAAACAUGUUUGAGGGGGAUAUAUAGGAGUCAGUUUUGUCACGUCGCGUCCCGUCGCGUCCCGUCCCGUCCCGUCGCGUCCCGAAAUCUAUUAUCUCAGUUAUUACCAAAUGGAUUUGAUUCAAACUUAAAAUACAUGUUCCACCUUAUCACCCACAUCAUGUGACACAAGGUGCAUAACUCUGACACCAAGUUUUCAUGAAUUAUGUCCCCUUUUACUUAGAAUUUAAGGUUAAUUUUGUUGUAUUUUAACUAUAUCUCAGUUAUUACUAAAUGGAUUUGAU